CGGCUGAAGAGCGCCACCGAUCUGAUCUCACCUCUCUCUCUCUCUCUCUCCACACUCUACGACUCCAACCCACUCGCAUCUUUCUCUCGUCUAAGAUUUCUCAAAACCUCUUCUCCUUCCUUCUUAAAAUUCCCCUCCCCGUCAAAUGUACCCCGUCCCCCGUCACAAAGAUUCUCCCGAAAUCCUCUCCUUCAUUCCCAUUGGCGCCCCCUCUCUCUAGAUUUAUUUUUCCUAAUAGUUUCCCUUCUCUACUUUUACUUAAAACUCUGUUACUUCCUCCAAACGCUCCUCAUUCUCUUCUUUUUCAAAAAUUUCCUCCUUCCUUUUCUUCAUCUGCUAGGGUUUUUUUAUUUUUCUUUUUUGUUUGGCUCGUCCAUGGCAUUUUCUUAAUCUAUGGCGGUGAGUUCCAGAGGAUUCGCGGCUCAGGUUGAGUUCAAACUCAGCAAGCUCCAUGUCUCCCGUGGACUGGCACCAAGUAGAAGGAAGAGAAUGGGCUUUCAACGUGAUCGACUCGCUGUUUUGAGUCGAAUCAGUUGCUGUUGUUCGGACCCGGUGGUCCCGAUCCGUGGAGCCACGGGUUCGGGGAAGAGCAAGGAGAAAGCGGAGGAGUGGCGGUUCGACCACAAGAAAAGCCCUCACAGGGUUCGAGUUCAUGCCUCUCCUACAAUGCCUUUUCCUUCGGCUCAGUCGAGAUUUGCUUCCAAACAAGAAAAGUUCUACCCUCGGUGCACUCCGAGAAAUUCUGGUCCUCAGUCUCGCGAUACUCCACCAAAAAGAGACACUGGUAUUGCAAAUGAGAAGGAUUGGGGCAUUAGCUUGUUAAGUGAGAAUGUUAAUGAGUCUGGCACAAAUGAAGAUGGCAGUACAUGGUAUCGAGAAAGUGGGGAGGACCUUGGUGAAAAUGGAUACCGGUGUAGAUGGACAAGGAUGGGUGGUCAAUCCCAUGACGGUUCCUCAGAAUGGAAGGAAACGUGGUGGGAGAAAAGUGACUGGAGUGGAUACAAAGAGCUAGGUGUUGAGAAAUCAGGAAGAAAUGCUGAAGGAGAUUCAUGGUGGGAAACAUGGCAAGAAGUGCUUCAUCAAGAUGAAUGGAGUAAUUUAGCAAGGAUAGAGAGGAGUGCUCAAAAGCAAGCAAAGUCAGGCACUGAAAAUGCUGGUUGGUAUGAGAAAUGGUGGGAGAAGUAUGAUGCUAAAGGCUGGACAGAAAAAGGGGCGCAUAAGUAUGGUAGGCUGAAUGAACAGUCAUGGUGGGAGAAGUGGGGAGAGCAUUAUGAUGGAAGAGGAUCUGUUCUUAAAUGGACAGAUAAAUGGGCUGAGACUGAAUUGGGAACUAAAUGGGGAGAUAAGUGGGAAGAGAAGUUCUUUUCUGGUAUUGGUUCACGUCAAGGGGAGACAUGGCAUGUAUCUCCAAGUGGUGAACGUUGGUCAAGAACAUGGGGAGAGGAGCAUUUUGGAAACGGUAAAGUUCACAAAUAUGGGAAGAGCACAACUGGUGAAAGCUGGGAUAUAGUUGUUGAUGAGGAGACGUACUAUGAAGCUGAACCUCAUUAUGGAUGGGCAGACGUUGUGGGCGACUCAAGCCAGUUGCUAUCGAUCCAACCUCGGGAGAGGCCGCCUGGUGUCUACCCGAGCCUUGAUUUUGGGUCAUCACCACCUCAAGUUGAUGACCAACCUGGCAUGCCACNGAGCAUCCCACGUCUGGACGACCGCACUGAGGUAAAUUCCAAAAAUGCAGGGGCUACGGUUUAA